UUUGCUUUCCUUUGGUCACAGCAGCUGAAUGAGCCAAUCAAGAGCCGCCUCUGACUGAUAAAGCUGAAUCAUAAAAGCCCGAGGUCGGUUGGUGAGAGGCACUUUACGAAAAUGUUUUCUUGGGGCGAGGACCGUCAUCGGGGCUUUGGCUUGAGAGGAGACUCAAAUAUCGCAACCGAGGAUGGAGUUCACUUCUUAGACCUCAGUUACCACAUCAGGGAUCUGUCAGCAGGUCACAGUGUGCUCACUGUCGUCAAAACUAAUGGAGAAGUGUUUAUCAUUCGCACAAAUGACCUACGUACAGAGUUGGUGGGGUGUAAGGAGAAGAUUCAGGCUGUGAGUUGUGGUGAUGAUGUGGUCACACUGCUGUCUGACAGAGGCACAGUUUUCUGUGUGGACUCAACUCACAUUCCUUUCACUCCAAGCACUCCCAAUGCUCUGUGUAACAUACAAGUAUCUCAGGUUGCUUGUGGGAGUCAGCAUUCAGUUGCCCUGACCAAAGAUGGUCAGGUGUACACAUGGGGUCAGGAUUCCAGGGGCCAGCUGGGUCUGGGGAAGGUGAAGACCGACACCAACUCACCCCAACACCUCCGAUCUCUGUCAGCAAUCCCCCUGGUUCAGGUCGCUGCAGGGGGAGAGCAGAGCUUCGCCCUCUCUGUCUCUGGAGGUGUGUUCGGCUGGGGCAGAAACGACCGCGGACAGCUCGGCCUGGGAGACACAACAGACAGACAAACACCAACUCCUGUUCACUACCUGAACAAGAGGAAAACUAUUCACAUUUCCUGUGGAACAGAUCACACUGCCGUUCUGACAAAGGAUGGUGCAGUGUUUACAUUUGGCUCUGGUCAAUAUGGGCAGCUUGGGCACAACUCAUUCAGGGAUGGACUACGCCCUCGGCUUGUUGCGGAGCUCUGGGGGGCAAAGGUCACCAAGAUUGCAUGUGGACGGCAUCACACAUUAGUGCUGACACACUCCAGGAGGGUCUACUCCUUCGGGCGUGAGGAGCAAGGGCAGCUGGGACACGGAGAGAAGAGUCAUCCAUCUGUGCCACUACCUGUUCAACUGCCACAGAAUCUCGGCGAUGGUCCCAAAAUAGGAAACAUCUACGCAGGAGGAAACUGUUCUUUUGCAACGUGCAUGUCUAACGAGGACAUUCAAGGAGGGUUGAGCACAGACACUAAGAACAAUGUGACACAGCACUCUCUUGACGGGAUGAUUGACAGAUGGACGUCUAAAUGUGACUCAAAAUCACGGAAAAAGAGAAAACAGCAAAUCCACAGGAUGUUUUCCUCCGCUUCCUGUUUGAAUCAAAGUUUUCUGGACCGAAGCAAAGAUAAACAUUUCCAGACCUCAUCAAAGUACUGCGGCUUGAACUUGUCUCUUGCACAACUUAACUUUGAGAAGCUGGUGAGGAAGGAUGCUGUUUGGACAGAGGUUGAAGCUGCUGUUCUGCAGUUGCUUCCUUCUCUUGAUGGGAAUUUGGUGGGAGUGGAGGGGCUGAGGGUCUUCCUGCUUCUCAACGAGCUGCUGCAUGUGACGCAGAAACACAUACAGUGGCCGAACACAGACCUGGCCGAGGCCGUGGCUGCUGCCUUUCAGAGACUGUCUGCCGAAAGCCUCCAGGUCAUAGGGGAGUGGUGGUGCUCGCUCCCAGUCUCCACCAUGGUUAAAUAUGUGAAGGUGUGGAAACAGGCCCUCUCAGUGUCCAUUAGGCCUCUUCCUUACAACACUGGAGUCAGAAAUCUGCUACUGGUCCUCCAACACAUGUACAAUGCCAACAACAGGAGUGCAAGACGUACAAGAAUCCCAGAAAAAACGUACUGUAUGGGAAUUAACAAGGAAAUUCUUACAAAAGAUGUGCUUCUGUGGCGUUCAAAGUCAAAAAUCCAGGAUGUGAAUUAUCAACCAACUACCCUGUGUAACUACCCAUUUGUGAUGGAUCUGAAGUCAAAGAAAAUGGCUUAUGACAUCGAUGCAGGAAUCACACAGGGAGAUCACCAGGUAAUGUUACCUGGCCCUUAUGGAUGGGUUGUCCAGCCUGAAUCUUACUUCGAACUAAAGCUGAAGCGAGCUUCUCUUUUGAAGGAAACCUUCAGUCAGCUGGCUGCUGCUCAUCACAGUGUCUUCAAGAAGUGGCUUGUGGUGUAUUUUGAUGAGGAACCAAAGAUCACAGAUGUCUACAAAAGAGACUUUUUUUACCACUUGUUUCAUGACAUAGCUAAAUCUGGGAUGUACAUGUUCAAUGACUCCAAAAGGGUGGCAUGGUUCCCAUCCAAAACAACAAAGAAGAACAAGAAAAAAUUCUUCCGGUUUGGGGUUCUGUGUGGACUGGCCUUGUACAACCAGAGUAUCAUAUACUUGCCCUUCCCACUGGCUCUGUUCAAGAAGCUGCUUGGCGUUGAGCCGACACUGGAGGACUUGAUGGAGUUAAGCCCAUCCGUUGGAAAGAGACUGCAGUAUGUGUUGGACUAUGACGGUGACCUAGAGGACCUGUGCGUGUCUUUUUCGAGAUACCAUAAUCUCCUUUCUUUAAUAACUGAUCUACAGAUCAACUGGGAUGGGACAAAUGUUGAGCUUGAUCCCCAAAAUCCUGAAAAGCCAGUGACAAGUCAAAAUAGGAAGGAGUUUGUGGAUGCCUACGUGACUCACGUCUUCAACACAUCAGUGGAGAGUGUGUUUCAAGAGUUCAAGCGAGGCUUCUUCCUGGUGUGUGACUGGGAUUUUGUGAAGCUGUUUCGGCCAGAGGAGCUGCAGGGAGUCCUGGUAGGCGAAGAUGUCUAUGACUGGGAGAAGCUCAAACGGAACACAGUUUAUGAGGGGUACUACGAUGGCCACCCCACCAUACAGAUGUUUUGGGAGGUUUUUGAUGAGCUAACUGAAGAACAGAAGAAAGAUUUCCUUCUCUUCCUGACUGGUUUUAGGAAGGCUCCUAUUCUCGGCAUGGACCAGAUCCACAUGAGGGUUCGAAUCAAGCAAAUCCUGAACGGCUCCUACGAUCAGCACUUCCCCGAGUCUCUGACAUGUCACUCUAUUCUGGAGCUGCCCUUGUAUUCAGCGAAGGACAUCAUGCGAGACAGACUGACAGAGGCUCUGAUGCCAAAGAGAGGAUUCGAAAGGCCGUGAUGAGGCAACAGCUGCUGGACAGGAGCAUGUACUGUACCUGUGCUGGGAAAGGCUGGACUUCAUUUUUACUUUUGGAUCAGCUUCCCUGCCUCAGGAUAAAAAAAAACAAAUAACUGUACUGUAUGCACAUGACUUGACACUGUAACAGUGCAAUUUAAAAAGAUUGACCAAAAACAAGCAUUUGCAGCCAUUCCCUCUCAGCAGCUCUAAAAACUGAUGCCAAAAACUUUAUUUGCGGUAAUUUAACUUAUGAUCUAAGUUAUUUAUGCAUAUAUUGUGAGUUGUAUAUAUUCUCAUAAAAAUGUUUUUAUGUGGCACAUUUUGCUUAGACCCAGAUGAAAUAAAAAUAUAUAUUUAUUUUCCAGUUUAUUGUGUACACCUUAAUGAAUCUAAUGCAAUACAGCAUUCCUGUAAUAGAGCUUAUCCUUGUGAAGUUUACAAAGUUCUUUCUGAUUCUGUGUGAGAAAAGUAUUAUUUCAACUGUAGGGUGAUUUUUGAAUCUUUGAUUUGUAUUAAAUGGAGUGUGACUAAAUGCUAUUGUUAUUAUUGUCGAAUGAGCUGGAAGUUGUUUGUAAAUCAGAUUUAUCCUUUGUUUAAGUUAUCUAAGUUGCACUGUUUGGUGUCAUUGUUUUGCCAUGGUUCUAUUGUAUAUUCUGUUUUUACUUCACACUACGUAACCAUCGUAUUGAGUCAAUUGAAAAUAAUCUGACAUUAGAAACACCUUUGUACAAAAACAUGUAAAAUAUGUUUUUUGAAAAUGAUGGAGCAAUAAAAAUUUUACAUUCA